AUGGCUGCUCUCGCGACCGUUUCCUCUGCCGCUGUCAGCGUUGCAGGGCUGUCGUCUAUCGGAAGCGGUGCCGCCGCCAACCAUGCGUCGUCGCUCGCUCUCCGCUCGGUCUCCUUCUCCGGUCUUCGCAAGGACGACUCUCUCUCCGCCGCCGCCGCUUCGUCCUCCCUAGCGCACGCCGCCAUCGCUGCCGUCAGCAGCAAGCGCAAUGCGCCUGUGCAGAAGCGCGCGGCAGGCGCGCGCGCAGCUGCGGCGGAGCCGGUGGUGGCGUCCGCGGCGUACGUUGCGCCGAAGAAGAUCCUCAUGAUGGGCGGCUCGCGCUUCAUCGGGCUGUACCUCGCGCGCGCGCUCGUCAAAGCGGGGCACGAGGUGACGCUCUUCACACGUGGCAAGGCGCCGGUGGCGCAGCAGAUCCCGGGGGAGACGGACGCGGAGUUUGCGGAGUAUUCCGCCAAGGUGAAGCACAUCAAGGGCGACCGCAAGGACUUUGACGGCGUGCGCAGACUGCUGCGCGGGUCGGGGUUCCAAGUGGUGUACGACAUCAACGGCCGCGAAGGCGCGGAGGUGGAACCCAUUCUCGACGCGCUGCCUCGCCUCGAACAGUACAUCUUCUGCUCGUCCGCAGGAGUCUACCUCAAGUCUGACGUGCUUCCCCAUCGCGAGGAGGACGCCGUCGACCCCAAGUCGCGCCACAAGGGCAAGCUCGACACGGAGGCGCUGCUGCAGAGGCGCGGCGCGCCGUGGACGUCGAUCCGCCCGGUGUACAUCUACGGGCCGCUCAACUACAACCCCGUGGAGGAGUGGUUCUUCCACCGCCUCAAGGCCGGCCGCCCCAUCCCCGUGCCCAGCUCCGGCAUGCAAGUCACGCAGCUCGGCCACGUCAAGGACCUGGCGAGGGCGUUCGAGCUGGUGCUGGCGAACCCGCUGGCGAUCGGCGAGGUGUUCAACAUCUCGGGCCCUCGAUACGUGACGUUUGACGGCAUCGCGAACGCGUGCGCGGAGGCCAUGGGCGCGCCCAAGCCCACGCUCGUCCACUACAACCCCAAGGACUUCGACUUCGGCAAGAAGAAAUCCUUCCCGCUGCGCGACCAGCACUUCUUUGCGAGCAACGACAAAGCGGAGGAUCUCCUCGGGUGGCGCCCGCAGUACGAUCUGGUCGACGGGCUCCGCGACUCGUACCAGCUGGAUUUCGGCCGCGGGACCUUCCGCAAGGCCGCGGAUUUCUCCGUGGAUGAUAUGAUUCUGGCGAAGCUGGGCUUCAUGCUCUGCCCUGCUGCCUCGUGGAGUGCCCCAGCAGCACCGGCUGCCAGCAGCAGCAAUGGCGCGGGUGCUGCGCUGUCGGAGAAGCAGCUCCUGGCCAAGUCAAUGGGCGAGCUGCGUGCCCUGGCUGCACGUCAGGGCAUUCGCGGAGGCAACAAGGCUGAGCUCGUCAAGGCACUCGUUGCCGCUAACAAGUAG